GUGAGGGGAGAUCGCGCCUUAUGCAACCGGCUCAGGGAGCGGCCGCCGCCGCCCCGCCGGCAGCAGCAGCUCGGCGCUGUCCGUGAGUGCCGGGGCGCAGGGGGGAGAAGGGCUCCGGCCGCGGCAGCGCCCAGGCAGCGCAGGAGUUCCCGCCCCGCCUGCCCGCGCCGCUCCCCCGGGCCGUGCCCAGGUGCCGGCGGCUGAGGCGGGCGGGCGGCUCCGGGCGGUGGCCGUGCCGUGCCGGGCUCUGCCGGGGCUGAGGGAGGGCGGCGGUCGCCGUCGGAACUCGGCUCCCCCUGCCCCGAGCGGGUGUUGGCGCGGCUGGGGGGAGGAGAGGGCGGGAAGAGCCUCAGCCCGUGCCGGCCUUCGCCUCCGCGCCCCGGCCGGCCGUGUGCCCGGCGGCCCGGCUGAGGGGAGAUGCGUGGCUGGGACGACCUUUACCCGCUCCCAGUGCCGCCCUCCUGGGUGCCGGGGGCUGCCGUCGGGAUUCUCUCCUUGCACUUCAUCCAGAAACUCCUCUUCCCGUACUUCUGGGCCGACCUGAGGUACCUGCUCAAGGUGGUGACCUAUGGGCUGCGAGUGGAGAUGUACCGGCUGCAAGGGAGGGUUGUCACCGUCCUGGACAAGUUUGUGAAGCUGGCGGAGAGGCAGCCCCACAAGCCGUUCCUCAUCUACGAAGGGACAGUUCACUCCUACCGGGAUGUGGACCGGAGGAGUAACAGGAUAGCACAGGUCUUCCUGCAGCACGAGGCUCUGAAGAAGGGAGACACAGUGGCCUUGCUGAUGGGCAACGAGCCGGACUUCAUCCACGUGUGGUUCGGACUGGCCAAGCUGGGCUGUGUGGUGGCAUUCCUCAACUUCAAUGUCCGCCUCAGAUCUCUCCUGCACUGUGUCAGUAGCUGUGAGCCCAAGAUAUUGGUUGUGGGAGCAGAUUUGCUUGGGACACUGGAGGAAAUUCUUCCUAACCUUCAAAAAGAUGUCAGUGUCUGGAUAAUGACCAAAGACUCCACUCUUCCAAGUGUGCAUACCCUUUUAGACAAAAUAGAAGCUGCAUCUGAAGACCCUGUUCCAGUUAAUCGCUGCUCUGCCAACAACCUCAAGUCAGCUGUUUUAUAUAUAUUUACUUCGGGAACAACAGGUCUUCCAAAGGCUGCAGUCAUCAGUCACAUGCAGGUUCUAAAAGGAGCUGCUGGACUGUGGGCUUUUGGUGCUACUGCAGAAGACAUAAUUUAUAUUACUCUGCCUCUUUAUCACAGUGCAGCAUCUCUUCUUGGCAUUGGUGGAUGCAUUGAACUGGGCGCAACCUGCGUGUUAAAAAAGAAGUUUUCAGCCAGUCAGUUUUGGAGUGACUGCAGAAGGUACAAUGUGACUGUCAUCCAGUACAUUGGAGAACUUUGCCGUUACCUUUGCAAUCAGCCAGUGAAAGAAGGAGAAAAAAAUCACAAAGUCCGACUAGCAGUUGGAAAUGGAGUAAGAAAUGAUGUAUGGAGGGAAUUUUUGGACAGAUUUGGUGCUGUUAAGAUCUGUGAGUUUUAUGGUGCUACUGAAGGAAACAUUUGUUUCAUGAACCACACCGGAAAAAUCGGAUCUGUUGGACGCACCAAUUUCUUUUAUAAGCUUUUUUUCCCAUUUGAUUUAAUCAAGUAUGAUUUCCAAAAAGAUGAACCAAUUAGAAAUAAGCAUGGUUGGUGUGAAAAAGUUAAGAAAGGUGAGGCUGGUCUUCUCAUUUCCAAAGUCAAUGCGAAGAACCCCUUCUUUGGUUAUGCUGGCAAUAAGAGACACACAGAAAAGAAGUUACUCUGUGAUGUAUUUAAGAAGGGAGAUCUUUAUUUUAAUACUGGAGAUCUAAUGGUUCAAGAUCAUGACAAUUUUCUAUAUUUUUGGGACAGGAUUGGAGAUACCUUCAGAUGGAAAGGGGAGAACGUUGCAACUACAGAAGUUUCUGAUGUCCUUGUAAUGCUGGACUUCAUACAAGAAGCAAAUGUGUAUGGUGUGUCUGUGCCAGAUCAUGAAGGAAAAGCAGGAAUGGCCUCUGUUAUUUUAAAGCAGAAUACAUCAUUAGACUUGGAGCAAACGUAUAAGCAAGUAGUGACUUAUCUACCAAGUUAUGCUUGUCCCCUUUUCUUAAGAGUCCAGGAAAAAAUGGAAAUGACUGGAACAUUCAAACAACAAAAAUUUCGCCUUGUGGAUGAAGGUUUUAAUCCAUCUACAAUUACUGAUCCUCUUUAUUUUUUAGAUAAUUCUAAGAAAGCAUAUGUCUUGUUAACCAAAGAAGUACAUGAGAUGAUCUUAUCUGGGAAAAUGAAGCUUUAAUUAACCAAAUAAUAGGCUCUUAAGGAUAUAUCUAUAGGAGCUAUUGUAUGAGAAAACAAUAAAAGUAAUUACCAGUAUUUAUACGUUGUUAUCCAGAAUAAUGUUUUAUAUAUUUGGUAUUUACAUUCAGAUAUAUCUUGUAUCUUUACUUACUUUAUCGUUAUUUUUAUUAAUCACUUUUUACCUCUUGAGACAAAUUUCUAAGUAAAUAACCUGUAAAACAUGAUUGAAAUCUAUUUUAUCUUAUCUUUGGAAUAUAAAUGCUGAAUCUGAUACUUUUUCUUAGUAUUAAAUGAACACGAAUGAUAUGUGAUAUGAAACAUGGUAAAAAAAAUUCAAUAUAUAAAGAUAUUUUGUCACACAUUGUGUCUAAAGAGAAAAAAUACACGAGUAACAUCUUUUUUUAUGCAGUUUACAUUUUAUAUGUACUUCUGAAUAUGUAUUUCAAGAAGUAAAGAUUUGACAGUGGCUGGAAGAAAAAACAACUCUUCUGCAGAGACUUUUCUGAUGGAACAUGAGAUGAAAGACACUGAAGCAGAAGAAAGCUCUCCAAACAAAGCCAAAUACUAACAUCACUGCUGAGAUUUUUUUUUUUUUGGUCAUAAUCCACCCUCUUUUAUUUGUGAAACUGGCUGUUUGGACUGUCAAAUUCAGAAGACAAAGCAAACUUUUGCAAAAUCAGCAUCUGUUUAUCAGCAGAUGAACAAUAGGCAGAGAAAAUCUGCCUACUUAAUGGGGAAUAUUGUUUAUAUAGCGUAAAAAGAAUUAUUGCAGGACUUUGUCAUGCAUACUGACUAAGAAAUAGCUUCCUUACUCUUACUAAUGACUGCUAUAGAUCAUUAUUUAAUAAGUAUAAAAUACGCAGAAAAUUUAAAAAUCUAAAUUGUAUGUCCUAAUAAUUGCUUUUUAUGACUUUUACAAUAAAAUAUAAGAUUAUUUAAACCAAA